UUCCAGGUGCGUCCACUUACCGGCUGGGCCUCUGGCCACUCUCACCACCCUCCUUCACUUCCUCCGGCCGCCCAGGCCUCUCUGCCGGCCCCGCCCCGCCCCGGCCGGCCCCGCCCAGCGCUACGCGAGGGGAGGCGGAGCUUCGGGAGACGCCAGCUCCCGGUGUGACCCUCUGACGACGCUACCCAUGGCUGACUCGGCUGGGCCGCGCUCCGCCCGCCUCAAGGCCCGGACUCCCCGCGCUUCUCGAAACGCCACAGGUGCUAAACAGACAAAUGCCUUAAAACAAGAAGAUACUUCUAAAAGGAAAGCAGAACUAGAAGCAGCUGUGAGAAAGAAGAUUGAAUUUGAGAGAAAAGCUCUACAUAUUGUUGAACAGCUUUUAGAAGAGGAUAUUACAGAAGAAUUCCUAAGGGAGUGUGGGAAGUUCAUCACACCUGCUCACUACAGCGAUGUCGUGGAUGAGCGUUCUAUUAUCAAGCUCUGCGGUUAUCCUUUAUGUCAGAAAAAACUAGGAAUUGUACCAAAACAGAAGUAUAAGAUUUCUACCAAAACCAAUAAAGUCUAUGAUAUUACUGAAAGAAAGUGUUUUUGCAGCAAUUUUUGUUACAAAGCAUCUAAGUUUUUUGAAGCACAAAUUCCUAAAACUCCAGUAUGGGUUCGAGAAGAGGAAAGGGAUCCUGAUUUUCAACUGCUACAGGAAGGACAAAGUGGCCAUUCUGGAAAGGAAGUACAGCUAUGCACUAAGGCCAUUAAAACAUCAGAUAUUGACAAUCCUGGACAUCUUGAGAAGCAUUAUGAAUCUAGUUCUUCUAGCACUCAUAGUGACAGUAACAGUGACAAUGAGCAAGACUUUGUUUCCUCCAUUCUACCAGGAAACAGACUGGUAGAUGCAAUGGGUGUAAGUCCAAAGCUGCACAAAAAAAGCAUAAUGAAAAAGAAAGCUGGCCAUAAAGCUAACUCCAAGCAUGAAGACAAAGAACAGACAGUAAUAGAUGUCUCUGAGCAGCUAGGCAAUUGCACAUUAGAUAGUCAGGAGAAAGCUGCUGCUUGUGAACUUCCUUCACAGAAAGUAAGUACUCAGAUUUCUCCAAAUAGUCCUUUGCAAGAAAAAGUAGAAGUUUCAGAAAAUUCUGAAAAUAAAUACAGUAGUUCAAAAGUAACUCUAGUAGGUAUAAGUAAGAAAAGUGCUGAGCAUUUUAAGAGAAAGUUUGCCAAAUCAAACCAGGUUUCUAGAUCAGCAUCUAAUUCAGUGCAGAUGUGCCCUGAAGUUGCAAAGGCAAACUUACUUAAAGUCCUGAAGGAGACUUUGAUUGAGUGGAAGACAGAAGAAACUUUGAGGUUUUUGUAUGGCCAGAAUUAUGCUUCUUUGUGUCUGAAACUCUCUUCAGCCCCUCUGGUUAAAGAAGAAGAACUUGAUGAAGAUGACAUAGACUGUGACCUAGACAGACAUUCUCCUUCCCUGCAGGGAUCUCAGAAUAGCUUGGAUGAGUCUUUACCUUUUAGGACUUCAGAUACAGCCAGUAAACCACUACCAAGUUAUGAGAAUUUGAAAAAAGAAACUGAAACCUUAAAUCUAAGGAUAAGGGAGUUUUAUAGAGGACGAUAUGUUUUGAAUGAAGAAACUACCAAAUCACAAGACUCAGAAGAGCAAGAUCCCACCUUUCCGCUGAUAGAUUCAAGUUCUCAGAACCAGAUUAGAAAACGCAUCGUACUUGAAAAGUUGAGUAAAAUAGUGCCUGGACUUUUGGGGCCUCUUCAGAUCACAUUAGGAGAUAUUUAUGCACAGCUUAAAAAUCUCGUUCGAACUUUCAGGUUAACAAAUAGAAAUAUUAUACACAAACCUGCAGAGUGGACCUUAAUUGCUGUGGUGUUGUUGUCAUUACUGACCCCAAUUCUUGGCAUUCAGAAGCAUUCUCAGGAAAACAUGGUGUUCACACAGUUUAUAGAGACUCUGCUUAAAGAAUUGCAUUUAAAGAAUGAAGACCUUGAAAGUUUAACUCUCAUAUUUAAAACCAGCUGUUAACCAGAGUGAGGAGAACACAGGCAACAACGUCUUUCACCUCAGCCGCAGCAACUUCUUACUAGGCGUGUCUCAGGAGGUAAGGGAAACAAAAGCAAAAAUAAACUAUGGGACUUAAUCAAGAUGAAGAGCUUCUGCACAGCAAAGGAAACAACCAACAGAAUGGGAGAAGAUAUCUGCAAAUGACAUAUUAAAUGGUUAGUAUCCAAAAUCUAUAAAGAAUUUAUCACAAUACCCAAAAAACAAAUAAUCCAGUGAAGAAAUGGGCAGAAGAUAUGCAUAGACACUUUUGCAAAGAAGACAUCCAGAUGGCCAACAGACACAUGAAAAGAUGCUCAACGUCACUCAUCAUCAGAGAAAUACAAAUCAAAACCACAAUGAGAUACCACCUCACACCUGCCAAAAUGUCUAUAAUUAACAAAGAACCCUUUUGCACUGCUGUUGGGAAUGCAAACUGGUGGCAGCCACUCCAGAAAACAGUAUGGAGUUUCCUCAGAGGAUUCAAAAAAGCUGCUUCAAAUGAGCACAUGCACCCCUGAUGCUUAUAGCAACACUAUCAGCAAUAGCCAAAGUAUGGAAAGAGCCCAAAUGUUCAUCAGCUGAUGAAUGGAUAAUGAAGACGUAGUGUGUGUGUGUGUGUGUGUGUGUGUGUGUGUGUGUGUGUGUGUAAGUACUCCACACAAUGGAAUACUAACUCAGCAAUGAAAAAGAAUGAAAUCUUACCAUUUGCAACAACGUGGGUGGAACUAGAAUGUAUUGCUAAGCAAAAUAGGCGGAAAAAGGCAAGUAUCAUAUGAUUUCACUACUGUGGAACGUAGGAAACAGAACCGAUGAACACAGGGAAAGGGAAGGAAAAAUAAAAACAGAGGGAGGCAAACCAUAGGAGACUCUUAAAUACAAAGAACAAACUAGCAGUUACUAGAGGGGAGGUGGGUGCAGAAUGGGCUAAAUGGGUGAUGGGUUAUUAAGUAGAACACUUGUUGGGUGAGCACUGGGUGUUACAUUUAAGUGAUGAAUCACCGGGUUCUACUCCUAAGACCAAUACUACACUGUAUGUUAAGUAACUUGAAUUUAAAUAAAUUUUUUUUUUAAGGCUAAAAAAUAGAGACAGCUUUGAGUAGGUAGUUGAAUUUUUUCUCUUUGCAUGAUUUCUAUAAAUCAAAUUCACUUGUGUAUAAAGACUAAUGUCUAGUAACCUUUUCAUUAUUAAAUUACUAUUAGCAAGUA